GUGGGCUGCGGCCGGGCGGCGGCGGCGACGACGGCGGGGACCGGCGGGGACCGGCGGCUCAUUCAUUCGCGCUCCGCCUUCGGGCCCCCGCGGCGCGGCUGAGAGGAUGGCCUUCCCUGUGGAUUUGCUGGAUAACUGCACUCACGAGGAAUUGGAAAAUUCUGCUGAGGAUUACCUCUCCAACUUAAGGUGUGGGGACCCUGAAAAUCCAGAGUGUUUUUCUAUUCUCAAUAUUACGAUUCCGAUCAGCCUGUCAAAUGUGGGCUUUGUGCCUCUCUACGGUGGCAACCAGACCCAGAGAAUCCUUGCUCUGUUUGCGCCUGAGGAUUCGCUCACAGCUGUGGCACUUUACCUUGUUGACCAGUGGUGGGCCAUUGACGAUAUUGUGAAAACAUCUGAACCUUCUAGAGAAGGGCUAAAGCAGGUGAGCACUCUUGGAGAAAGAGUGGUUCUGUAUGUUCUCAACCGAGUUAUUUAUAGAAAACAGGAAAUGGAGAGAAAUGAGAUCCCAUUCCUGUGCCAUAGCAGUACUGACUAUGCUAAGAUUCUCUGGAAGAAAGGAGAGGCUGUUGGGUUUUACUCAGUUAAGCCUACAGGAAGCUUAUGUGCCUCAUUUCUUACUCAGAGUUACCAACUGCCAGUUCUUGAUACAAUGUUUAUAAGAAAGAAAUACAGAGGAAAAGAUUUGGGGCUUCAUAUGCUGGAGGACUUUGUUGACUCCUUUACCGAGGAGGCACUCGGCUUGCGGUAUCCGCUGUCUUCUCUCAUGUACACAGCUUCCAAGCAAUACUUUGAAAAGUAUCCGGGAGAUCAUGAACUUCUUUGGGAAGUUGAAGGGGUAGGUCAUUGGCAUCAGCGGACACCAGUCACCAGAGCAUUACAGAGAGAAGCAAUUAAAGUUACAGAGAUUUCUCAAUAUGAAGCUAGAAGACCUGUGUCUGGAGAAUAUGGUCUUGCUACUGGACUAGAAUAUGAACCUGGAGUGGAAGACAGCCAGUCUAGUGAGAUGCAGGUACACUUUAUCCAUUCCCUAAAAGAUGCCUUUGCUAGCACGUCUGAAGGGCCAGAAAAGACGCCUGUUUCCACUCGUCCUCGAAGCAGUCAUCUAAAGCGACCAAAGAUCGGAAGGCGGUUUCAGGAUUCGGAAUUGAGUGGUUCUCAAGGGGAAGAUGUAAACAGUGCCCAGACUUCACCAUCGGCUUCAGCAGACAAAAUAGAAUGUUCUGCACGCACAUCAGAGAGCUCAGAAGAACUCCUACAAGAAGAACCUGAGCAGAGAGUGGUUGAACUUGAAGAUGAAAGCAGUGAUAAAGAUGCCCAGGCCGCACCAGAAGCUCAGUCACGCCUGGAGAAACAAGAUGGUGGCAAAGACUCUGCAGUAGAGCCUGUGAAUGGAGAGGUAGCGGAUGAUGCCCUUAAGACCUCACUUGUAACUGAAGAGGAGGACUCCACUAGUGAAGGUCUAGAAGAAGAGUUAAAAGUUCCAUCUUUUAGUUCCAGUGAAGAGACUGUGAAUAUUGUUCCACUGGUGGCAGACUCUCCAAAAGCUUCUGAGGCUGCACCAGACAAGACCUCACCUGUUUCUGACUCAGAAAUGUUGACAGAUCAAGGCUCAUCUGAUGAUAAAGGACAUACUGAAGAAAAGCUGUCCCUAGUUUCAAAAAAGAAAACACAUUUGGGGAACUCAGACAAUGUCGGCACUCUGCCAAAUGAAGAAAAGUCUGACAGUGGUUUUCCAAAUUCUGCAGUAGCGGACUUUGCUGAAGACCCCAUCCCUGAGAAUUUAUCACCCAAGACUACAUCCUCACUGGAGGAGCAGGGUGAGGAGGGGGGCCCGGAGGCCCAGGAAACACCUGCUGCUCAGAGUUCUCUGAUAGAGGUAGAACUGGAAGAUGUGCCAUUUCCACAGAACGCAGGACAGAAGAACCAGUCAGAGGAGCAAUCUGAAGCGUCUUCUGAGCAACUGGACCAGUUUACACAAUCAACCGAGAAAGCUGUGGAUAGCAGCUCGGAGGAGGUAGAAGUGGAAGUUCCUGUAGUAGACAGGCGGAAUUUGAGAAGAAAGGCCAAAGGGCAUAAAGGACCUGCCAAGAAGAAAGCCAAGCUGUCCUGAAUGAGGAAGACAUGCGUAUGAUACAUCUCUUCUUUGUAAUGUAGUUGUUGUUUUUACCAUGGUAAUUAAUAAACAGCGUGGGGCAUAGGACAAAUUCCAAAAUUUCAGUUUGAACUUAAUUUACAAAUGCAGGUUUCUCUCUUCUCUUUAGGAUUCACCAUUCUAAUUUUUUCAGGCUAUUUUCUGUAAGUAACUUUUAUUUUUAUGAACCAUGUGUCAAUUUUGGGAAUCCAUGUCAUAUAUUUUUCUUUAGCAGGUAGAACAUCUAAUCAUUAGUAUUUUAAAAAUUAAAAAACAAGUAGACUUUCUAACACAAAGAUCAUAGAAAUCUUUUAUACUAAGGGUUUUAAUGGUAAAACUUGGCAAGGGUUCUCAAAGUUUUAACUUAGUAUCAAAACCAGUCUCCAUUUUUUUAAAGUGUAGGCAUACAUAAACAAAAAUGUGUCAAUAAAUUAAAUAUACUCUCAAGUGAGAGGACAAAAAUAGAAGUUUAUGGUCAGUGAAGAUGAUUGUUCUGGUUUUUAUUAGUUGUAGAUAGUUUUUUCAACAUCUGUGGAGAAGUACACACACAGGCUAGCUUUCAUUUCAUCAGAUGUUAACAGUACUGUUAGAGACUUAACUGUGGCAUGUGGGUAAUUUGAAAUUCCACCUGAAGUAUUAGUUUGCUAUAAUUUUUAAAUUUUUCUGUAUAUUUAAAGAUGCUGAAAAACUUGAGUACACUUUUAUCUUUAAUCUGGUAAACACCUCAAAUAAUUGAAUUUAGAAUGUAGUUUAAUUUGGACUGUGGUCCUGAUCGCAGAAACUUUUACUCCUACCCAGUUAAUGAGUACUGCAGAAGUAUAGGCUCCUUCCUAAGCCUGCUUAAUCUCUCACUGCUCUUUAAGUCACUGUGCUUGUUCUGUUAAGAGUUCCAUCUAGCUUGCAGUUCAUACCCUUGUGUCUGUUUUGGGAUAGGUUUAGAAACACUGAUUUUAGAUCUACCCUACGAGAUGUACAAAUGCCUAAAUUCUGAUUUUUGCUGUCCCUUUGGAUCUUGUGUGUUUUUGAUGUAUUCUGAGUACUAGCUGCAGGCUACCUGUGUGUGUACUUUAUUGCCAUGGCAAGAGCAUCUGAUUUUUAUAGAGGGGGAAAGCCUGGUCAUUUCUUCAUGACAUUUGGUUUUAAAAUGAACAAAACGAUUAUCUUCAGAAUCCAUAGGGAAUCUGUCAGUACUACUUUGGAAGUACCAUGUACUGAUUUAUACUUAAGUUGGAGACUAUUCUGAAACCAUUUAGAUUUGUUUUUGAAACAGAUUGUACCUUGUGAGAGAAAUGUCUAGACUUUUGUGUCCUUAUUUGAGAUGCUGUGAGGUUUUGUUCCAUUCAUUCAGUCUUCAGUCAGGUGAUCUGGUGAUGUCAUGUCUUACGUUUUAUUUAGGGAUGCUGGUGUUUUAGAAAAGUCUAAUUAAAGUCUUUAAGCAGACCAAAUAGCAAACUCUUCUAUGUUAGAACACUUUCAUAUACCUGUUGUUUUAAUUUUUGGUUAGAAGCUAGUUAGAUGAUUUCAUUCUAAGUGAAAAUUAUAGCAUUUUUCUCAAUAAAUGCUAAGUUAAAAGAAUAAAUAUGGCUAAUUGAUGAAUUUGCCAAAUGCUGAUGCUGUUUUACACAUUUAGAGAAACUUUUGUUACUAUCUCAACUAGAGAUAGUAACUUAAGAUUCUCUUAAGAUUCAGAAAUUUAAUCUAGUUUUUUUAAUGCACAUUAAUGAAUUCUUGUAGGUAUUUUUGGCUAUUCUUCCCUUUAAUUUACAUUCUGUACACGAGUAUUUUUAAGAGAUUGCACUCACUGGCAGCUCGAUUUGUGAAUAGUCUCUUGAGUUAAAGAAACACACUCACAUAUCAUACUGGGGACUAGCAGUAUAAACUUAUACUUAUCAAACUUGUUUGGUAUAAAUGGAAUUUAAAGCAAUUUCAAAACAUUUUAUUUAGCAAACAAGAAAACUUAUUGUCUGUGACAGAAGUUAAUGUUUAGAGAUCACAGGAAAAAGCUGGAAAAGAUCUUUUAUAUUCAGUAACAUACUGAUUAUAUAAAAUUAUAUAAAAUUUAUAACAAAAUUUAUGUUCAGUAGGGAACCUGAAUAAACUUAGAUACUUGUAGUUUUUGCAAGGCAUUAGGAGGACUGCUUGCUGUGAUUUCAAGCAGCUAUUUGUUGAGUGGUCAUAUUCUGUAGUCUCUUGUGAACUGGUACUUGUUUAGAAGUCAUAUUUGUGGAGGAUGUUCCCUUCUGGUGUAUAUACAUAUAUAUUUCCUUAUAUAAUAUAAAGCAGAUGAGUAUUAGCAAAAUUUUAGUUCUACUUUCAAACUUAAACUACUGUUAGACCACACAAAAAUUAAUUUAUUUAAGAAUUUUAUUGUAAAGAUCCUUUACAACUUUAAAGAUGCAGAGAUUCUAUUAUGAUUUUUUUAAAGAAAUCAAAUAAUAGCAUGACUUAGAAUGCCAGUCUUCUACGUAUGUUCACAUUCUUCUACUUUAAUGUGUCUACUUUCAUAUUUCCAUUGGUUUGCAGAAUAAGGAGGACAUCUAGUCAUUAAUGGCUUACUUUUAACAGAUGACUACAAUGUUACCUGAGAUGGUUUGUGACUUGGAGUAGUAUUCCUUUCAGCCCUUUCUACCAACUAAACAUCUGCUCUAAGGUUCUUCCCUUUGGGAUCACCUUCUAAGGUGUGGUCAUACCAGUAACUGAAAGAUUUUAAUGUAAAUAAAGAACUUACACUAACACUACUCAUGUAACCGUAUUUUACAAAGCAACUUCUGCCUUUUAUGUCCACUAACAAUCUGGUGAUUUUUGGUGUGGUCUGUUACAUAUGUCAUGCUUGUUUUCAUACUUCCUACCAUGCUUUUUUGGUACAAGAUAGUUUGCUGUUUUUAGUUCUAGAAAAACAAGCAAACCUACUUCAGCAGUACCCACUGAUUACCUGCAGUCAGACUUCCUUUGACCUUCUGUAACUUAGUGAAUAAGUCAUACAUUACCCGUUUUUAUUGGUGGGAAAUGUUAAAAUCGAAUUGAAAGUCCUGAGGUGAUUCUGUCUGUACCGAAUGGUCAUUUACUAACCUUCCUUUUCCCUUACCAUUUUUGUACGUUCUAAAACUUAGGGGGAGGGGGGGAAUGAUGUAUCAUUCACAGUAGCAAGUCUUACUGGAGAAUUUAUCGUUGGUUUCCUUGCUAGCCCCCCUUAAUGUUUAAAGUAGUAAUUAAACCUAUAUUUUGUGAUUGUU